GACGUAGCCUCGUCGUCUCGAUCCGCUCCCCGAAUAACACGAGCGAUCCUACGCCGAGCCAAGGCAAUGGCUUCAACCAUCUAUGGCUCCUCUUCCUUAUCCCGAUCGUCUUGCUGAUGGUCGCCCUGAUCCUGGCAACGUGGUAUGUUGUGCGACGAAGGAGAAAGAGCAGGCAGAGGCGCUCUAUGCUACGCAAUGUCACAUUGGUCGUGAGGGAAGAAGAGGAAAAGAGGGAUAGGGAAGAGAAGAGGCUCACAAGAGGCAACUCGAUUGCAUCGAAGCUCGGUCGUAGUCAAUCUCUAAAAGAGGCGAGGGAACGACGCUUCUCGCAGAAGGUGGCCCGCGCUGUUGCAAAGGAGAAGAAAGAGGCUGGAAGAGGAAGAGCAGCAGGAGGGCACCAGCAUCUAUCCAGUGAGGAUAGCACAGAAGCUGCCACAACCACUCGAGGUGUGGCCAGCAACGAUGGGCACGACGCUGCGGCUGGCGGCGUGACUGCAGCAGGCGCGGCUACAUCUCUCAAGCGCAGCGGAAGCACCAAGCAUCGCGAUCGGGAAGUCGCAGAGCGAGUUUGGAAGAUCUCAUCAUCCGAUGACGAAGAAGAGCAAGCGAUCAGCAGGUCAGGGAGCAAGAAGAGGAGGAGGAAGUACUCGGACAGAAUCCGUUCAGGCGCUCUCGCCGCUGCGACCUUGUCGGCUGCUCAGCCAGAGCGCGAUGUCGAAGCCGAAGCAGGCGCUGCUCGAGGCCCGACAUCAGACAGCGAAGACUUCUCUGGCGCCGAGUCAGAUCAGAGCGACUCGCCGAGCAGCCAAGGUCAUAUACGCCCUGCCCGCAAGAGGGAAGACUCCAAUCCGCUCAGCAUCAUUGGCGAGAGUGGGCUCAGUGAGGGAGGCAUCAGCAGAGAGCCCUCAAGAGCUGUAUCGCGAGCAAGCGUCGAGCGCCCACGUACGGAAGAAGCUGCUGCGCCCGUGGGCACACCUGCAUCACCGAAAUCCGCCCACGCAGCCGCGGCGGCAGGGGCAGCUGGCGUCCUCGUACCGACUCGGAAAGCCUCCAUCAAACGCGCCUCCUCGCAACGAAGUCAGCGAAGCCGCUAUACGACAGCUACGACGGCCUCGCACUACACGACAGCGGGCAGCGCAGGCGCAGACGACUCUGCGUCGAUGCGUACCGCGCAGACGGGAGGAACAAUUACUGCCGUCCCUCUCGAUGCUCCUACCGCUGGCGUUACCUCUUCAGCGUCAGGAGAAGAUGUCGAUCCGUUCCGCAGUCCUACCUCGCCGACCUCAUCUUCGCACGCAACAGGUUCCAAUCCUUUUGCAAGCCCUACAGAAAGCUCGGCAGGGCACGGCAGCUUCGCAACCACUGCAGCAGCGGCUGCUCCACCAAUCGCUGCCGCCGCUGCUGCGAAAGAGGCGCCUUUAGCUGGAGCGAGUGGAGACGCAGCCUCAAGCCAGGGUCAAGGCGGUAUCGCCGGCCGUAUCUCAUCAGUCAUCCGACUCAAGCAGCCCACUCCUCCGGUCAAGAAGUCGAACGCAAGUACGGCGUCGUCUUCGACUGCGAAGGGGAAGCGCAGCGCUUCACUCUCGCGGCGCGGUGCAACGUCGUCGUCAGCCGAAUCGAACGGGGGCCCAACCUCGCCCACCGCCCCCACCUCACCCGUAGCAACCAGCUGGGCCUACACGCCUCGUGCCUCCGAAUGGAAGAAAAGCAUGCAACGCGCACCCUCUUCGUCGAGCGUGCCGACCAUUCAAACCACACGGGCAGCCGCAGGAGGCGAGGAGAAUGUCCCACCCGUGCCCGCUUUGCCUGCCAGCCACAGUAGCGAUGCUGUCGCUUCUGCCGGGACGACGACCAGUCGGCCGUGGCUCGACCCUCCACGGAUGCCGAGUCAGGCUAAGAGCCCGCCGCUGGUCAGACAGAACAGUAUUGGGGUGGCGGGAAGCAAAUUCAAAGAGACAUUCGACGAUAAUUAGAGUGGCAGACUAUUCACUCCACCUUGGGACACCACCAUUAGCACCUGCCCAUGGACAGCGACUCCCUUGCCCCCAAGAGUCACCUCUGCGAGGACAGCUGCAAGGACGUCUCGAUCUUCUCGUGAUCCUCACAUUAGGGCCUGACACGGCCGCAGCACAGCCUCACAGAUCGGCUGAUCUCUUCGUCGGUCUUCGCGACUCCACACCAGUCA